AUGUCUGACAUCUACUGUCUCAUGUUUGACAUCUACUAUCACAUGUCUGACAUCUACUGUCUCAUGUUUGACAUCUACUAUCUCAUGUCUGACAUCUACUGUCUCAUGUUUGACAUCUACUAUCUCAUGUCUGACAUCUACUAUCUCAUGUCUGACAUCUACUAUCUCAUGUCUGACAUCUACUAUCACAUGUCUUACAUCUACUAUCUCAUGUCUAACGUCUACUUUCUCAAGUCUGACAUCUACUAUCUCAUGUCUGACAUCUACUAUCUCAUGUCUGACAUCUACUAUCACAUGUCUUACAUCUACUAUCUCAUGUCUAACGUCUACUAUCUCAUGUCUGACAUCUACUAUCUCAUGUCUGACUUCUAUCUCAUGUCUAACCUCUACUUUCUCAUGUCUAACCUUCACUAUCUCAAGUCUGACAUCUACUAUCUCAUGUCUUACAUCUACUAUAUCAUGUCUGACAUCUACUAUCACAUGUCUUACAUCUACUAUCUCAUGUCUAACGUCUACUAUCUCAUGUCUGACAUCUACUAUCUCAUGUCUGACUUCUAUCUCAUGUCUAACCUCUGCUAUCUCAUGUCUAACCUCUACUUUCUCAUGUCUGACAUCUACUAUCUCAUGUCUUGCAUCUACUGUCUCAUGUCUAACCUCUACUCUCUCAUGUCUGACAUCUAUCUCAUGUCUGACAUCUACUAUCUCCCGUCUUACUUCAACUUUCUCAUGUCUAACCUCUACUAUCUCAUGUCUGACAUCUACUAUCUCAUGUCUUACUUCUACUUUCUCAUGCCUAACCUCUACUAUCUCAUGUCUGACAUCUACUAUCUCAUGUCUGACAUCUAUCUCAUGUCUAACCUCUACUAUCUCAUGUCUGACAUCUACUAUCUCAUGUCUGACAUCUACUAUCUCAUGUCUGACAUCUACUAUCUCAUGUCUUGA